UCUAUUAUGAAUACGGCAAAAUAAUUAAUUUAAGUAAUAAACCUUUAUAUCUUCCUUGUGUUUAAUAAUAACAACUUAUGUUAAACACUGUGUUUUAGUACAUCCGAAGUAAAAGACAGUGGUCGUCUGGAAUACAGAGUGUAGCGGCAUUACAUGAAAAUGGGUAAAAAAGUAAGAGAAUAUAAAUCUGGAGAUUUCAUAUUUGCUAAAGUAAAAGGAUAUCCAGCAUGGCCAGCUCGUGUGCAAAGAUUGAAUGGCAAGAAGUAUUUUGUAUAUUUCUAUGGAACUGGAGAAACAGCAAAUCUACCACCAAAUAUGAUCUUCGACUAUGCGGAGAAUAAAGAUAAAUUUCUAACUAAGACCGUAAAAAGGAAAGACUUCAAUCUUGGAGUUAAACAGAUUGAACAUGACUUUGCUAAUAAUGUGCCAGUUGAAGAGGUUGUUGGGACAGCACUGUUACCAGAAGACACAAGUGUCAAUGACACUAUCAAUGAAUCAGCUGCUAAUGACACAAUGGAUGAGUCUGUUGCCACCGAGGAUGACAUCCCAGCUGCAAAUGACACUACUGAAGAUACAAAUGAUACUGGUGUGGAUGAUUCUGAUGAGACCGGUGGCCUCGUUAUUGAUGAGGGAAAGAAGGGUCGCAAGUCUAAAGCGGCAACUCCGGCGAAACCAGUGAAAGAACCUAAGACCCCACGCGGGAAGGCAAAGAAAGAAGAACAAAAAGAAGAAGCAGAAGAGAGAAAAGAAGAAGAGAUAAUAAGUAGGAGCGGGAGGAAAAUACGUCCGAAGAGAUAUAUAGAUGAACACACUGAAGAGAAUACUACUUUACCUUCGCCGGCACCAAAGAAGCGCAGAGGCGCAUCCCCUGCCCUGGAGAAGGAAAAGGAACCAGAAAAAGAGAAACCAAAGCCGGAAACCACAGCCAAGGCAAAGACUGACAAGAUGAAACUCUUUAACACUGUUUCACAGUCCGAGCUCGAAGAUUUGAAAGAACCCUUUGCUCAAGAGGAUGCGGAUAAGGAGAACAUCCUGAUAGCGUAUCUCAGCAACGGGCAGUAUGUCGGCAUCCGGCUGUUCCAGUCGCGACCAGCGAACUUCAAGAACGAAGCUGGCCGGCUGCAGUGGGAUAAGCAGGCAGCGACAAAUGCACUCACGCUCAAAAUGCAAUUAGAAAGGGGACAAAUAACGCCUCAGUCAGUGAUGGGACAACUUGUCACUGAUCUACAUUUGACUGAUGAAGAGAAAGCUACGCUGGACAAGGAAAGAGAGACAGAGGAAAAGAAAUCUCGCGUCCAGUUUCUUAAGACGGAGAUGAAGCUGAUAGAAUUAGAUGCCAAGAUAAAGACCUGCCUUUGUUUAGAGAAGGCUGACACCGAACUCUGCUUGAAGCUCCUUGAUGAACUAAUGGAUUUGGAUGUGAGGCCGCUAAUGCUGUUGAAGCACCCGUCGUGUUUGGAGACGGUGAAGCGAAUGCGCGCGUACAUCGGCAACGCCGCCUCCUGGGAGCUGAGCGAGAGCGCGGCGCUGCGCUUCAACGAGCAGGCGCAGCGUAUACGCAAACGGGCGGAUAAACUAUACACUGAUAUGAAGGAAUUAUUCACAACACCAGCUGGUCUCUCGUUCUUCGAAUAUUUCUCGGAAAGGGUUUUGGAGUUCAAGAAAGUUACUGCAAAGCUAACAUCGGAUGAACUGUUGGAAAUGGUCCAUGAACCAAUAGAGAUGUCCGCGCCCACACAACUAUCGACGAAAACUCCGCCGGCAACGAAAGACGAGGAAUCAGCGCCUCCGACGGAAGAUGAUAGCACUAAGAAGAAAGUCACAAACACACCAACAAAAGCAAAGAAACCUAACGGCACACAAGCGAAACCACCAUUAAAGAGACAAUCAUCAAGAAAACAACAGCAAGAAGAAAAAGAAACCACUAAAGAAGCAGAGGUAGUUCCAGAAGAUAAAAAUGAAAAGCCAGAAGAGAGUAAAACAAACGCAGAAGAGAACAUCACGGAAGAGACAGCACCGGAAAAUCCGACAGAGGAAGCAAGACAAACAGAAAAUACAGAACCAGAAAAAGAAACGGAGACAAAAGAAAAAAGCCCAAGUCCAGUAAAGGAAAGUGAGAAGAGUCCGAAAAAGGUUGAAGAGAAACCACAGAAGAAGACUGAAGAGAAAGUAGAAGAGGUAAAGGAGAAAGAGAAGGAAAAGCCGGAUGUAGAUGAGCCUAGGGCGAAGCGAACAAGAGAGAGCAAGAAGACUGAACCACCAUCUCCAAGGUCACCAUCAAAGAGAAAACAAAAACUUUAAACGUUAAGAAAUUUGCGAUGGGCCGAGCACAAUACAAGCAAAUUUUUGCUGCAUUCAGACUAAACGAUCACUAAGGGUCACCCUUAGUUUCACAUCUACAUUUAGUAUGAUACAUACUAAGGGACUUAUUUAAGUUACUGUUAUAUUACUAAGAGUACAGCAGAUUCUUUUUGAAUCGCUUUAGUAAAGUCAUUGUGUAAACAAGAUUAUAUUUUUUUUAAUAUUUAGAAUUUUUUAGAUAUACAAUUUUGAUCUUUUGUUUCUAAAAACAAUAAUAAAACAAUAUAAACGAAAUGUAAUAAAUUUGAAAUAAAUCUCAUUAAAUAAUCGACUAAUAACAAAGGAUAAUUGUAUCAAAAUAUCAAUUAUUUGCAUUUUAUGGACUACAUUAUUAUUAAGCGAAUAAAUAUAGAACAAAUGUCCCAUCUCCUUCUUAUCCAGGAAAAGGAAUGGUGCUAAAAAACUGGAAUGAAAAACUUGAAAUGACACUCAAAAAUUUGAGUAAAAUACUGAUUAUGAAGAUAUUAUCAUUAAAUGAUAAUUAUAAUCAAUUUGUAAUUGAUUCCAAUGUAAUAGAAAUAAGAAAUCCUGUCUAAACAAUUUUACCUUUAUAAGGCUGUAAUCACAGACUUAUUAAAUAAACAGACAUGUUUCUAUCAAACAUUUUAAACAAUGAGCAAAAUCUUGAUAGUUUCUUAUUUCCAUUGAAUUCUAUUUUUAACUGUGAAAACGAGUUUUCACAACCGAAACAUGUACAAAAACAUGUUUUUGUUUAAAAUUAACUUUGACGUUCAGAUUUAAGACAAUUAAGGGAAAAAAAAUAUCAGUUAUGUUUAAAUUAAGCUACUCAAAGUACAUUUAUUUUGUUUUCGAAACUUCUAUAUUAGACUUGUAAAUAUUUUUUUUAAAUAACACAUUUUACUUUAGUUAAUGUUGUAUUGAAUUUUAUGCAGUGAGUGCUGCAAUAUCACUUUUUGUAUAUUAAUAUACUUGUAGUUUUAAGAUUUGG